UAAAACUAAUUAUAUUAUUUAUUUAAUUAAAGAUACUGUCUUGCGGUUGCAUAAAAAAGAUAUAACUGUUGCCUUUAUGUGGGUACCCUCACAUAAAGGUAUUACUGGUAACGAAAAAGCAGACAAAGCUGCAUAUGAAGGGAUUAACACUCUUAAUGUCAGAAAUGUGGUACAGGUAUGACUGAUUAUUAUUAUUAUAUCAAUAACUCGAUAAAAAAUUUAUGGACAACAUUAUGGGAAGAAGAUCAAAAAUUGAAAGGAAAAUGGUAUGGUAGUAUACAGGAAAAUUUACAUAUAAGACGCUGGUAUGAUGAGUUGAAUACUAGCUGUAUCGUGAGUCGUGAGUUCGUUACCACAAUCAACAGAUUGCGCUUUGGGCAUAACACUGCACCCGCGCACCUCGCUAAACUUAAUAUUAUAACUAACAAUAUUUGCUCUUUCUGUAAUAAUAACGAGAACGCAGAUAUCAACCAUAACUUUUUAAAAUGCCAAAACCAAAUAUUCAUUUUUAAUAGACUAAUAUUGGCAAGUGAAAUAAUGGAAAUUAGUGAUCCCUCCCGCCGCCAGUUGUGUGAUUUGCUCAAAAACAAAAAGUGUUAUAGUGCAUUAUAUAAAUACAUCAAAAAUACCGUGGGGAAGAUUUAAGAAAACAAGUGAAACGAUAGAAUAACAUGUGAAUUAGUGACCGUAAAUAAGACUUGGCUUAAAGGUCUCGUUAUCAGGCCAUAAAAUUAUUAAAAAAUAAAAUAAGGGACAACAUCUGACAAUUGACGGACAUUUGACAACUGACGUUGUCAAAUGUCAUAUUUAAUGGCAACCUUGAAGUGUGUGAUGCGUUUGGUGUCCAAAUAUUUUUGUUUUUAUUUAUUACAUUUUCUUUAAAAACAUGCAUAACAUAUAAAAAUUAUAACACAAAGAUUUUGUUAUUCAACAAUAUAAAAUGACACUGUAAGUGAGAUCGAAAAUUGUCAUGUUUUCGGUGAACUGCUUCCCAUAGUCCGUGGUAUUAGUCAUGUCAGAUUGCGCGCUGGUGUCCAGUGUAAACGAGCACGAUGCCAGUAUGGAUGUGGGGAACGAUAAAUCUCUCUUUGAGCCUACUGUUGAGAUGAUGGUAAAUGAUUUUGAUGACGAAAGGACCUUAGACGAAGAAGAGGCCUUGGCUGCUGGGGAGCACCAGGACCCUAAAGCGGAACUUAACAAUUUGCAAAAAGAAGGGGAUAUGCCCCUUGAAGAAUUAUUAGCAUUGUAUGGUUACAAUAGAAACAUGGACAAACCUGUUCCAGAACAACCACCAGAAGCAGUUCCAGAAGAGACUGAAAAAUCUGAGUCUGCGUUACAGCAGCUUUAUACUGAAACAAAUAAUCCAGAAGCAACUAGGUGUUUGCGAUCUGGUUCUAGGCCACCAUCUGAAGAGGAAGAUGAUUAUGAUUACAGUCCAGAUGAAGAUGAUUGGAAAAAAACUAUAAUGGUUGGUAGUGACUACCAAGCUGGUAUACCAGAAGGAUUAUGUAGCUAUGAUGAUGCUUUGCCAUAUGAAAAUGAGGAUAAAUUGUUAUGGAACCCUAAUAUAUUAGAUGAAAAAGUGAUUGAGGACUAUAUGAAAAAAAUAUGUGCAUUGAAUUCAACUACUGGUAUUGAUGCUGUACCUUGUGGUAAGCAGUUACGUGAUGAUGAAGAAGCUUUAUUUCUCCUUCAGCAGUGUGGGCACAAUGUAGAUGAAGCUUUAAGGAGACGACGCAUAACCUCUCAGACUCCAGCUCAUGCAAAUGUUUGGUCAGAAGAAGAAUGUCGAAACUUUGAAAGUGGUAUUAAAAUACAUGGUAAGGAUUUUCAUUCAAUAAGACAGCAAAAGGUUAAGACACGGUCUGUGGGAGAACUAGUACAAUUUUAUUAUAUCUGGAAGAAGACAGAAAGACAUGACAUCUUUGCCAAUAAAACUCGAUUGGAAAAGAAAAAAUACAAUUUGCAUCCGGGCCACACAGAUUAUAUGGAUAGGUUUUUGGAAGAGCAAGAGGCAACAGGAAGUGUGGUUCGUCCUGUGUCACCCUCUAUGAUGGUAUAUGUACCAUCUCCUGCUACACAACCGGAUCCGUUAGCACUGGGAGAAAAAGAAGUAUUCUCUCAAUUAGCGCAUACAUCACCGCCUCGAACCUUAUCAACAGAGGAACCAGAAAUGGAAAAUGUUUCCUAAUACACAAUUGGUUGUCAUUUUUUUGUAAAAUGCUGAUGCCUUCUACAAGAGAAUGUACUAAAAUAUACAUUUAGGUAUUUAAUAUAUAAUAAGUAAAACGAAACAUUUAUAGGGUUAAAAUAAUAUUGAAUUAAGGUAAAGUUUUUUAAAUGGUUUUACUGAUAUUGCUUUUAGUUCUAUACUAUUUGUUGAUUAUAAAAUUAAGCAUAUAAGAUAUUGAAACUGUGGAAAAUGUAAUAUCAGAAAAAUAAUUCUUUAAAUGUAGAUAAGAUGGUUGAAGAGUGAACAAAGUUCAGUAAGCAAUUUAUAAAUUUGGAUUUACAGAAUCUUCAUUUAACCAUAGUAGUUAUUUUACCUCAAUGUUUUUCUACAUAAAGAUGUUAAUCUAUAAUGUGCUCUACAACUACUGGUACUUAAUGAAUGUAAUUUUUUUAAAAUAAAAUAUCAUUAUUCUGUUCCAUUGUACUUUACCUCCGCUGUAUAGUUCGCUGAAACAGAUAGAUUCAAUUAUUAUACUUCCAAGCCCAUACCACCAAUAAAUAUUUACCCUGGAAUUCAUUACUUUUAUCCUUAUAUUUACAGGGAAUGUGAAGGUACUGACUGGCCUUAGAUCAUGUUGGAAAGCACUAAUUGUACAUUUUGCUAAUAGUAAUAUUUCCUCACCUACUAUCAAACAUGUUUUGUUAACUAGAAAUAUAAUUAAAAAAAGAUAUAACCUGCCUUAAAUUUGUAACAAUGUGUACAUAGAAAUAAUGUUAAAACCAAACUAGGUGAGGAAAAUUUUAAAUAUAAUAUUAGGUCUACUAAUAAUAAAAUGGUGUAAUAAAUUGUAUACUGUAAAUUAAAUUCUCUGGAAUAAACUGUGCAAUUGACUACCACAUUUGUUACCAGAAAUGUCAAAACAUUGUUUAGUUAUAUUCAUACUAUUUAAAAACAAAAAAUAACAUAAGCUCCAUCACUCAGGAUAGGCUUAAUAAGAUAAAAUCAUUGUUUAUAUUCUAAGGCAGUCAAUUGCAACAGUGUUAGUAUUAUAUAUAUUAUUUGUAAGUUAUGUUUUAAAUAUUUUUUUAAUUACAAAAAAAUGAACAUUUACAAAAGACAUAAUAAUAUUCAUAAACAUGUGUCAUAUUUUGUCCCCAUGCUAACCAGGGGGUUAUUUAUAUAAGAUUCAUAAAUAAGUUGAUACAUGAUACACUUUAAUUUAUAUGUGCAUUUUACAUAUAAUGUACAAUUUGUAACAAUAACUGCAAAGUUUAUAUGUUGAAAUAAAAUAAGCCUAAUGGCUGUUAAAUUUGUAUUAUACUGU